CACAAUUGCGUCCCAAAAGCAUUUCACUCCAUUCAGUCGACUUAAAAUGUAUAUGCGCCGGUGUCGUCAAUUUUGCAAUUAGUGUUUUAGUUCUCUUUUUGGUUUUUGAGUGUGGCUGUUUGGAUCGUUUACGUCUGUUGGCUUUUUUUUUUUUUUAAUUAAUCAUCAAAAAGAAAGGAAUUUGUAAGGAAAAAAAAGAAAAGAAAUAUUUGUGGACAAAAUGGCUGAUAAAGGUAUUCCACCGGGUUCAUCACCGCCGAUUAAUGAUAACCAGGAGGCCACGCAACCAUUUUUAUCGAGUUUCAUUUCGGAAAUAAUACGAAGUCCCGUGAAUCUUGCCCUGGUGGCAGUAAUUGCCUUUCUCGUGUACAAAAUAAUUAAGAGUAAAACGAAAUCAGAUGAGCCGAUUGAAGAAGUGAAGGAAUUACCAAAAUUAACUCGUGAUUUUACACUUGAGGAAUUAAAACCCUACGAUGGAACAGGUCCUGAUGGUCGUGUCCUUGUUGCCGUCAAUGGAAAUGUCUAUGAUGUUACAAGAGGAUCACGAUUUUACGGCCCUGGUGGACCUUAUGCAGCAUUUGGAGGUAGAGACGCCAGUCGAGGUUUAGCCACUUUCUCAGUAUCCGCAGGAAAGGAUGAAUAUGAUGAUUUAAGUGACUUAAACACUGCGGAAAUGAAUUCAGUCAGGGAAUGGGAAGAACAAUUUAAAGAAAGAUACGAUUACGUGGGAAAAUUAUUGAAGCAUGGUGAAACUCCGACAAAUUAUUCCGACGAAGAGGAAGAUGGAAGUCAACAGGAGCCACAAGAGCAACAAGAAAUUAAGAACGAUGAAACACCAAAGUCAAAGGAUGAUUGACCGCUUGAAGCGGUGUUCAAAGUGAAAUACCAUGAAGUAAACACCACGCACACAUUGUUAAAAUUUUUUUCAGAAUUAUUGCCUAAAGAAUACACAGAUUCAACUGAUGAAUGUUUCACUACAUUUGUCGCGUCAUUUGAUUAUACAGUGAAACUGCAUUUGUUGAAAAUCAUAUAUCUAUAAAUAUUUGAGAAUGUUGUUGCAGUUUUUUAAAAAGAAGAAAAAGAAGAAGACAAAGAAAGAAAGGCCAAGUGUCCAUUUUAUAAUUACAGUGAAUCUAUGUCAGUUGAAGUGUUUUUUACACGUGUACAAAAAAUUUUCUAUAAACUUGUAUUCUUUUUUUUAAAUCAGAUAAAUUAUAAGUUUAUAAACUCGGGAACAAAGUUACAAGUUUUACAUAAAAUGCAAAAAUUUCCAGUGAUGA